AUGUCAGAUCGCGAGUUCAGUUCGAACGAUGACCUGUCGCUUCCUAAAGCGACGGUCCAAAAAAUUAUCACCGAAAUUCUACCUCCUUCUUCCGGCCAGACCUUUUCCAAAGAUGCUCGCGAUCUCCUUAUGGAAUGCUGCGUCGAAUUCAUCACCUUGAUCUCCUCCGAAGCCAAUGACAUCAGCGAGAAAGAGGCCAAGAAAACAAUCGCCUGUGAGCAUGUAGAGCGGGCUCUGCGUGAUCUUGGUUUUGGCGAUUAUAUCCCGGAUGUCCUUGCUGUGGCAGAGGAGCAUAAGGAGCAGUUAAAGUCGCGAGAAAAGAAACAAAGCAAGAUGGAGCAGAGUGGACUGUCGGAAGAGGAGCUGUUACGACAGCAACAGGAGCUGUUUCGCUCUGCUACGGAGAAGUAUCACGCUGCCCCGGAGUAA